UGCACUAGUCAUGGUUCAAGGCACACAGUGGUUUAUCUCCACUCAGGCAGCCAGUGCAGCCGGAGCAGGCAGUGAAAGCUGCUGCAAGAUGCUGGAAUUCGAUCUCGCUUAAAUAAUACAUGUCGCGCUAAACUUAAUGUCUGAGGCAGGGCUGUGAAUUAUGUAUUCCGCUGGGUGCAACAGUGGCAAAAGAGAAUGCUGGAACCUGUAGCUGAACAACUGUGUGAACUGAAAACAUGUCCCAUUAUCACUUUAUCAAAUGCUGUUGUUUUCAGCUAUGUAAUAUUUUUCGAUCUCACAACAUGGAAAUCGACCAGUGUUUGCUGGAAUCCCUGCCUCUAGGCCAGCGCCAAAGGCUGGUGAAAAGAAUGCGCUGUGAUCAGAUCAAGGCCUAUUAUGAACGAGAGAAGACACUACAGAAACACGUGGGACACAAACCCAUGAUUAAACAAAGAAAGAAAUGCAAGAUUCACUUUGGCCUCUCUGACAUCAUCCAGGAUGCAAUCAUUCAUCAUAAUGACAAAGAAGUCCUAAGGCUUCUGAAGGAUGACGCUGACCCCAAUACAGUCAUUACUUCUGGAGGAUCCCUGCUUCAUCUGUGCGCCCGCUAUGACAAUGCCUUUGCCGCAGAGAUUCUAAUUGAGAAGGGAAUGAACGUCAACCAGCAGGAUGAGGAUUUCUGGACACCCCUCCAUGUGGCUUGUGCUUGUGACAAUACUGACAUUGCUCUCCUCCUUCUAUUGGCUGGGGCCAACGUGCUGUUGCAAGAUGUAAACGGAAACCUUCCCCUAGAUUAUGCAAUGGAAGGAACAGAGACAAGCUACGUUCUUCUGCGGCAUCUUGAAGAGAAUGGUGUGGAUGUCAGCUCCAUGCAGCAAAUGAAGGCACAGCGCCCUUUGGAUAUGUUGUCAGAUGUCAAGCAUUUAAUAGCAUCUGGGGGAAGUGUGAAUCAGAGGAAUGAUGAAGGUGUCACACUGUUGCACAUGGCCUGUGCUAGUGGCUACAAGGAUGUGGUUUCCCUAAUGCUAGAGAAUGGGGCUGAUCCUCAAGUGGCUGAUAAUAACUACUGGACACCUUUGCAUCUUGCAGCAAAAUAUGGACAGACUGGUAUUGUGAACCACCUUCUCAAGCAUUUUGCAGACCCAAAUGCUCUCAAUUGCAAUGAAGAGAAGCCUUCAGACAUUGCCGCCUCUGGAUUUAUAGCAGACAUACUUUUAAAAGCAGAGACAACCUGGGAAGAAAGGCUUCAGGAUCCAUCAUCCGUGUCUUUGGCAUCAGAGGAACCGUAUGAGGAAAUCAUCCAUGAUGUAUCAGUACCAGUGAAAAAACUGAUACCCCUUACUGUACCCAUCGCCAAGCAGGACAGCUUGCUUGAGAAAGACGCCAUGUUUAGAGACAUAGCUGGUGCUUCAUCAAGGCAACCUUCUCAAGACAAUGGAUGUGACAGCACUUUCAUGAGCAGCACUAGCAAGCCUGAACAGGUAAAGUUAAUGCCACCAGCACCUAAUGAUGAUUUGGCUUCCUUGAAUGAAUUAACAGACAGUAGUCUACUGUACGAAAUCCAUAAGCGUUUUGGAAAUGAUCAGAUCUAUACAUAUAUUGGAAAUAUUCUUUUACUGGUUAACCCGAAUAAGGAGCUUCCGAUUUAUUCAACAAUGGUUAGCCAGCUUUAUGUGAGCUCCAAUGGGAGAUUGUGCUCCUCUCUCCCACCUCACAUCUUUUCCUCAGCUGAAAGAGCAUAUCACACAAUGUUGCAAGAGCAACGACCUCAGUGCUUUAUCCUCAGUGGAGAAAGUGGUUCUGGGAAGAGUGAAGCUUGUAAACACUUAGUGAAACAUCUAGUUUCACGAUCCAGUACUAAGUUCUGCUCACUGGGAUCCAAGAUAAAGCAUGUAAACUGCAUCCUUGAAAGCUUUGGUCAUGCUAAGACAAAACUUAAUGAGAGUUCCAGUCGUUUUAUGAAGUAUCUUUCAUUGCAGUACUGUGAAAAGAAAAAAACUUUAGUUGGGGCCAAGGUUUAUACAUAUGUUUUGGAGAAGUCAAGAAUUGUUUCCCAACCACCUCAGCAGCAAAACUUCAAUGUAUUUUAUUUGAUAAAUGAUGGACUAUCACCUGAAGAGAAGAGUGCACCUUAUUUCAGCAAUCUGCUGUCCCACAGGUACUUGAACCAAAAUGUACUAGAAGACACUGCGGCAACAACAAACGUGCAGAAUAGAGAAAAAUGUGCUGCCCUAAAACAAGCCCUCAGGGCCUUGGGUUUCAACAACCUGGAGGUGGAAAACAUGUUUGUGAUUCUUUCUGCGAUCCUACACCUUGGAGACAUUCAGUUCACGGCUCUGACAGACGCUGAGACAGCACUUGUGUCAGAACAGCAGUUGCUGGAACAAGUUGCUGGCAUGCUACAAAUUGCAUCUGAUGAACUUGGAUCUGCACUGACAUCUGAUGUGCAGUACUUUAAAGGUGACGUAAUUAUGAGAAGACAUACAGUUGAAAUGGCAAAUCAUUACAGGGAUCUUCUUGCAAAGUCUUUGUAUAGCCGUCUCUUCAGCUUUUUAGUGAAUAGCAUCAACUCUUACCUUCAGGGACAUGAAGACAGCAAUGGAGAUUCUGUUAUUGAAAUUGGAAUAUUGGACAUCUUUGGAUUUGAAGACUUCCAGAAGAACUCUUUUGAACAGCUGUGCAUCAACAUGACUAAUGAGAAGAUUCACCAGUACAUUAUGGAGGAGCUCUUUCAGCACAAGCAGGCAGAAUGUAUGCAGGAGGGAGUCGCUAUGGAAACGCUACAUUCACCAGGCAACCAGUCAGCUGUCUUAGAUUUUUUCUUUCAGAAACGGCCGUAUGGCCUGUUGUCAGUGUUGGAUGAGGAGAGUCAAGCACUGCGCCCUGGCGAACAAAACCUGUACAAGAAGCUGCAGUCCCAGCUGGAGACCUCAAACAUGAAUGCUGUGUACCUCUCUACAAAGGAUGGGAAUGGCAACCCGGCACCAAAUGAUCAGAGCCCCUCUUUCACUGUCAUGCAUUAUGCAAGGAAGGUGACCUAUGAUCUAUCAGGUGCCCUAGAAAAGAACAAGGAUUCCCUACCACAAAACAUUAUUUUUGUUAUGAAAUCCAGUGAAAAUGUCAUCAUCCAUCAACUGUUCCAGUCCAAGCUGACACAAACAGGCUCUCUUGUUCCUCCUUACCAUCGCCUUAAGCUCAGAGGACCCAAAGCUGCACUGCUUAUCCAGAAAAUGACAUCACCUUCCACAGCCAGAGAACCAAAGAAAUAUCUGGACCUCAGUAAGCUUUUAAAAAAGAAGGGAACAACUUCAUUUCUCCAAACCCUUGAACGCUGUGGUCCAGUUACUGUGGCUGUACAACUCAGGAACUCAAUCGCUGAUAUCAUUAGCAAGCUGCAAAACUGCACUCCACAUUUCAUACAGUGCAUCAAACCUAACAACACCAAACAACCAGAUGCAUUUGACAACUCCUAUGUGUCCGCUCAACUGCAAUACAUUGGUGUACUGGAUAUGGUGAAGAUGAUACACUAUGGCUAUACUGUGAUACUUCCCUUUUCUAGUUUCCUUGAAAGAUACAAGGAUUUGGCCAAAACAUUGGUCGGAGACAAGACGAAGGUAUCACCUGAAGAGAAGUGCCGCCACAUUCUCCAAUAUUGCAAACUUCAGGGGUGGCAGAUGGGCCAUAGCAAAGUGUUCCUGAAAUACUGGCAAGCUGAUCAUCUUAAUGACUAUUGCUUUCAACUGCAGAAGAAGAUUAUAACCUGUCAGAAAGUUGUAAGAGGGUUUCUUGCACGCCAGAGGCUUCUGCAGAAAAUGAGCAUCAGACAGCAAGAGGUCAGUUCUGUGCAAGGCUUCCUACAACAUAUGGAAGACAGGGGGCAGAAAGCAUAUGAUAGCCUCGUUAUCCAGAAUGCUUCCGACAUUGCUCGAGAGAAUGAUCGCCUGAGGAAUGAAGUGAAUGAGAAACAGUCCAAGGAAAAACAGGAAAGCCGGGGGAUGGAGGAGGAAACAAUGAGAAGAGCUGGAGACAAGUAUGGAAAGGUCAAUGAAGGCAGCUCUGGGGGAUGCCGAACACCAAAGCACUUUCAUUACACCUCUGUGCCAGUCCCUAUGGUUAUGGACGAUUUGGUCCAUUCCACCACCGGGUCUUCAAUCAAGUCCCCUUCCUUGCAAUCAGUGUUCAGCAUGGACGACUGCAGCUGCCUGCCAUCACCACGGAAACAGCCUCCUCCCAAACCAAAGAGGGACCCAAACACCAGGCUCAGUGCUUCAUAUGAAGCAGUUAGUGCCUGCUUAUCAGCUGCAUCUCAAGAAACAUCCUGUGAAGCUCUUUCAAAACCAAGACCUCAUAGUGACGACUACAGCACAAUGAAGAAGAUUCCUCCACCAAAGCCUAAAAGAAGCCCUAACACAAAACUGAGUGGUUCCUAUGAGGAGAUAUCAGGUCCCAGACCAGCAGAAAUUAAGCUGUCUUGUUUUGCUAAAGGAGGACAUUGUAUUGGAAUGAUUCAACGGGCAGCUUCAGCUGAUGGGCCUCAGUAUGGUGCACUCAGUCUGUACAGUUCCCAGGAGGAGGAAGAGGGUGUUUAUAUUGAGAUGGUUGGAAAUGCCAGAGCCAUGAGUCUACCAGAAGUGGAUAGUGCUGAGCAGGGGGAGUCUGUCUAUGAAGAAAUGAAAUAUUUUCUGCCUGAAGAAGGCACAUCUGCUAAGAUAAAUUUGGCAAAAUCCGAGGGGUCUCCUCUGCAGCUUCACGAGAACAAAAAACUUUUCAUAGUUGAACAGUUGCACUCUGGUCCUGGAGGCAAAACAUACUGCAAGGACUGUACCUGUGACAUUCCACCACCUUUCCCCAACUUACUCCCUCACCGGCCUCCUCUGCUAGUUUUUCCUCCAACUCCUGUUACUUGUUCUCCUGCUUCUGAUGAAUCACCCCUCACACCCAUAGAGGUGAAAAAGCUCCCAGUUUUAGAAACAAACCUGAACUAUUCUGGGCAGACUGAAGGCUCAAGUCCACUGUCUCCUCAGUUUGCUCGACAGCAAAAAACAGAAAGUGAGAGACCUUCUUCGCCAAAUCUCUCGGUUUUUAAUAUGCCUGACAAAUCUACCCCUCCCCCAACUCCUCCUCCUCUUCUGCCUCCUCCCCCAUCACUGCCUCCCCCCUAUCGACCUCCCUCUCAUUUCCCUUUUCCACCUGAUGCCAGUAUCCUGGCCUUAGCUAAAACAGCAUCGGUUUCAAACUCAGACUCUUCAAAGGUACCUCAAAAGCCAGGCUACUGUCUCUCAGAAGCCCCUUCAGGCUCCGCCAAACCCCCUUAUUCUCCAGUAAAGAUGCCAAGGACAGAACACAGGAAAUCACAUUCUUGUUCCUCUUCCCCACUCCCAUUCAACCCUGCCAACUCCAGACCCCUGACCAGCCCACUUGAUGAACUGAACACACUCUUCAGCUCAGGGAGAAGCCUCCUGAGAAAGUCAGCUGCCGGACGGAAAAUAAGAGAGCCUGAAAGACUUAUCUCUAACAUUAACAUGCCAGGCCGAGAGGACGCCAGUGACAUGUCACCAGAACUUCGGGAUAAAAACGCCAAUAACCGUGUGACUACCCACUCGUCGGCAGCACCCUGUCCUGUCAGCAUGGAAAAUGGAAAUCAGCUGUCAAAUGGUUUACCAGAAGAUGAAGGACACAUGAGGUUUAAUAGCUCCACAGCUCUUCCUUCAGUUCAAAGACACAUAGACAGUCACCACAGUCAGGUCAUCCAUCAGCUGCGGUUGUCACAAAAUGAAAGCACUGCCCUACAUGAGUUAUUGGAAUGGAGAAGGAAGCUGUGUGAGGAGAAGGAAGACUGGCAGCAAAUCAUCCAUAAAUCAGAGCACAAGACCGUCACACCUCCUCCCCCACCUCCUCCUUGCAAAAAAACGACUCUGCUGAAGAAGGUGUGAGAUUGAUCUCAUGACAGUAUCCUCGUCCAUUAAACUGAAGUCCAUCGUUUUUUUCCCCUCCCGUCUACAGACAAGAACUGACUUCUGAUCAGCAUGAGAUAAGCAUAUAAACACCAGACUCGAUGGCUUGCUUGACACAGUCUGCUGUAGAAUCGUGCACUAUGGGGACUGAUGAUUGCAACAUUCUGAGCUUAGGCUCCAGAAUGAGUCCAGCAAGACUAUAAAAAUUGAAGAUUGUGGUUUGACUUCAGCUACAAAAGCACAUUGGCAUAAAGGAACAAUUUUAAAAUCAGAAUAUUUCAAUGUCAUUUUCAGAGGAUGUCAUUUAUGUAUACGGAUGUUUCAAACAGUACUUUCAGAGAAGAAAAUAUUGUUUAUUCAUGUAAUCUACUGAAUGGUUACAUACAGCUUUGGUACACUUUCACAUUUACAUGGGAAAAAAAAGGGGAAUGAAAACUUUGUUUGAUAAAUAGACCAUGCUACAGUCUGAAACUUAAACCCAACUGGUGCUGAUUACAUCUACUCAAUGAGUCUCUGUAGCUUCGAGGAGACAAUGAUGUUGACCUCAUGUUCUCUCACUUUGUAAUAACCUUUUCAGGUAUGUGUAUUGCUUACCACUUUCAGGUUCUCCCGACCCUUAAAUAGUUUUGUAGGUUCAUUUUAGCAAAAUUACAGUCAUUUGUUGCUGAAACACUACUGAUCAUCUUAUGUACAAAGGAUAGUAGAAUUUAAUUUAAAAUUAAAAUUACAUUAAUAAAAACAGUAAAAGCCAUUCUUCUGCUUAUAAAAUGCUAUCUCCCAGCACUGUUGUGCCAUAAUGUAUGAUAAUUUGAAGCACUGAGUUACGCAAGACGUGCUGGGAAUGGCUUGAGGCUGAAGUAGUUUGCCUUAUGGGGUCAUUUUUUUGUCUUGACUUUGUUUAAAGGAAAUUUCAACAGUGAAAAUUAUUUAUCUUAAAGACACAUUUCUGGGCACAACAUAGAAGGCUGUUAAAAUCUAUAACUUGGAAAGACCAAUUCAACACACUGUACCUCUGUGUCUUUCAAGAUUUUCAUACAGUGUAAAAUCACAAAAGUGUCACAAAAGCAGCAACAUUUUCUCACAGAUAUAAUCUAAAUCAUCCUUAUAAAUUAAUUUUUCAUCAAUCUAUAAAUAUAUAUGAAACACUACAAGACGUGAAUGCUGAUUCCAUUAUAUUUACAUAAAAUAUCUAUAUCACACGUAAUUGUGUGAUAUUUAUUUAUCAAGGUACACUAGGCGCUUUGUCUUCAGUUGCAACAAAUUCUCCUGCUGUUCUUUCUCUGCUCAUAACUGCCUGAAAAAAAGACCAAACCCUUCUCAACUAGAACCCUUACAAAACCAAUUAGCAUUUGGUGAUUAUUCAAAACACCUCAAAACAACUGUAAGAGUUCUGGAGGAUCUACAUUGCUGUACUUUUAAGAAAAUCAGAUUGGUUGCACAAAUUAAGGAUUUUAUUGAAGAGACAGUGCUGGAUAAUGUUGUGUUCUGGAUAAAAUUAAAUAGUAAUGCGCAAGAGAGAAUUUUGUUUAAUAAAAGAACAUCUUCAUUUGUGCUGCAUACAUACAAUAUGAAUACUCUUUAAAGCGGACGUCUUGUCUCAUCAAAGAAGGGAAGAAUUUUAUAUCACACAAAUUCUUCGUUUACAAAUGUCUUACUGUAAUCAUAGUUUCAAGCCACUUACUUGCACAAUGAAAUCCUCUUGCUUAUUAUUUUUAAAGGAAUAAAUAUUUAAAAGGUGUAUAAUUGUAUCAGUGCUUAUUGGUAUUGGAACUGACAUAAUAUCAGUUAAGCUGCUUAAAGUUCCGAUCACAAAAUAUUUGUCACGGUGCUAUUUUGCAUUAUUUUUGUAAAAGGAAAAAACAUAUCGGACUAUACAGAAUUGUGAUGUUAACCCAACUUUCUAUAUGACGCUAUAUGACAUUAAAAAAUCGGCACUUCCUACUGGCCUAUAUACCUAUAUAAGUAUAUACCUGUAGUACCUGCUGUAAACAAAAAACAAUGGUCGCAGUCUUGCUGGAGUUUCUGUUACUGCCUCAGUAUGAUCCUUCCCUUUUGAUCAGCAGCCAGGAUGCUGUUUCUUGUAAAGAAGCACAAGCUGCCAGGUGACUUAUUGGAGUUUUCGCACACAUGUUCAGAGUCUACAAUCUUAGUGUUUUUUAACAUAUAUCCUGCCAGUCAUAUCAUAUUAAUUUAUGUCCACUCUACUGUUUAUAUUUCGGCUUCUCAAAAAAUGAUGAAAAAUCUAGCUUUGUUGCACUCUGAAAUGAGAUAGACUCUCCACUAUUCUGUAGUUAAGGAAUUGCAUGACCCAGUUAGUCCAAAUGUAAAUGAUUGCGCUUAAAAGGUUUUGUAUAUAUAUAUUGUCAUUGUAAAAUAAUUUUUUGGAUGCUAAAGGUUCAUUUUACAAAUGUCCAAUGAAAGUCACAUCUCCUUCCCCUCUUCACCACACAAGGCUCAGGCUUUCCCUUUGAAAAAAUGAAUCACCUGGCCCUUCUGCAGUAAAAAAUAUUGCACUUGAUCAGGGCAAUUUUUGAAAAUAGUGCUGUUUCACUUUGGUGCAGGAAACAUUUUUACUGUGCACAGUCCAUAUGCAUUGUUGCUAUGAUGUAAUAUAUAUUAGAAGGAGAAAAUGUGUUGUGCUGUUUUCUGUAGGACAUUGUAUUUAAAUAUAAUUUUUACUUAUAAUUGUUCUCUGUUUGUGAAGAAAUGUAUGUCAUUUAUUACAGGUUUAUAAAUACACAGAAGCAAUAAAGUAAAGCCUGUGUCAUUUAAGAAAUCCAAACAAAAAAACAAAAUAAAUGGAAUCCCCUUAAAAGAUUGUAUACCUCUUGCUUACAUUGUAUAUGAUUUUCUUAAAGGAAAAUUCCUUAUGUUUCAUGUUUUCACUUUGGCUAAGUGGAGAUUUUACUCUUACAUCACAAUUUCCAAAGCACAUAAGGAAGCGGUGCUGUUGAAAAGGUAAGAAAAUAAUUAUUCUCUUAACACACAAUGUCAAAAUCUGUUAU